ACGUUACCAAGGCUAUAUCAUCAAGUCGUCUAUAUACAUACAGCAUUCAGAUCUGGACGCUUUGCCGAAAGGUAAGAAUAAGGCAUGCCACCAAAAGCGUAUAUUUGGCGCUAGCCAUAUUCUUAACCGUUGCUAUAAAGCCACUAUGCGGGAUGGUGACUGAUGACGAAGCAGACGCUGCUUUCGCUGAGCUUGAGACACUUCUUGCUGACAAACAAGAUAUUAAGAAUCUUCUUCAGGAAAUUAAAGCUGAAGUAACCAAAAAACCUGAGCAUGCCAAGAACGUAUAUUCCAUGGCAAAGACACUUGCAGGCGCUGUCCCAAAACUUAAAAGUGACCAGGGCCUGACUGUUGCAGAAGGUGCUUUGGCCGUUAUUGCUGGAAUAACGGAGUUUUUUCCACCGCCAGCAGGACUCGUAAUAUCCUCUCUUGCAUCACUCGUCUCGAGCAUUCUUGGAUUUGUGACUCCGGCAAAAACGGACAAGGCAAUAAAGGAUGCAAUGAGAGAAGUUCUGAAUGAAGCGAGAGACAAAGACUUGAAAAUACAAAUUGAUGGGUAUAGGAAUAAGCUGACCGCUAUUAUGCGAUACCUUGAGCCAAAAAAACAACAAAGUCUUAACAGUGAUGACGUCUCCAACAUUGUUAGCCAUGUUCCUUCACACACAGGUGUGAGAGAUCUAUCAAAGCUCGAAGGCUACAUCAAGGAACGAGCAGUUUCAAGCAAAUCAUCUGAAGCCAAGCAAGCUUAUAAGUUUUGCGUCUUGUACGUUCAAAUUGCAACAUUUCGUGACACAGUGUUACAGGAAGCCAUCACUCUUUUCAGAAGAGCAGGUGAUGAAGACGAGGCUGCCUCGUUUGAAAACGUGAAACUCGGAAACAAAGAUUUUUACCAAGGUGCCCUUCAGUUUCUCCAUCAACCUGCCCCAGAACAAGCUGGAGCGGUUGUCUACUAUCACCCACCCGGGCAUUCAAAUGAUAGCAGGCUUAUUCAUACAUUCAUGAAAGUAUCUGGGAUUCCAGAACCUGCAGUUUGGAUCCCCUCAAAGUAUGUUCUCCUGUCAGUGAAAUGGCCUACAUACCACAUUGGCAGGCCUAUAAAGAAGUCAAAGUUCAACACGGUGAAACGUUACAAGAACUACAUAUCCUUCGAGACAGGAACACCAACAAAUGAAACCAAAACCCAAUUUAUAAAACGGAGUGACGGUUAUUGGGAGCUGAAGUUAAGAGGGGGGUACAUUUACGUUGAUAGUGCAGAAAGUCCCUACUACACGAAAGUUACACGCACACCACCAAAUGACAACGAGUUAGGUCAUUUUGUCGUUAUCAAGUAUCAUCGCAAAAAUAUCGUUACAAUUUCCUGCAGAAAAUGGCACGAUAAGUUUUUCAACGGCGCUGAUAACGUAUUUUCGGUCGUGCUGAAGGAUGGUAACACAGAUAAUGGGGUCCAGUUUAAUCUACAUGAUUGCUUAAAGAAGAAAGAUGAAGAUCCAGGAUGGAAUUGGUAUUAUUGCCCUAAAUAUGAACAAUGAGCAUAAUUAUAUUGGUUAAAUGGCUAAUGAAAUAUUCAAUAACACAAUGUUUAGCGAGUUAUGACAAAUUUUUGAGAUUUUUUGCGUUACAGUCUCUUAAUUCGAGUUUCAAUGCAGCAGAAGAAUUAUCUACCCUUUUUGAGAAUGACAACCAUAAUCAUGUUUUCAAAUUAAAACCAGAAAAUUAUCAAAUGGAUGCAAGUAAAUACGAAAGAAUGAUGGAGUCCAGAGUAACAAAAUUCGCAUUUCUUUCAAAUAAUUUAGACACGGAUGAAUUAUUCUAAAGCCAUAUAUUU